CUAGCUCCAUGCGAGGGUCCCGAGCCAGUCUUGGUUUGAUAAAGGGUCAUCCUCCCUCACGUUCGCCUUGUAUUCUCCAGUCGUUCGGCGCAGUUAAGAGUUAACGACGCUGAUAAGGUCCGUCGCUCGACACUCGGAGCUCAUAUUACUCGCGUUUGUCCAACUCAAGCCUGUUUCUGCCGCGUUUCACUGGACACUCGAUUCCAUUCCCCAAUUGUACUCGGCGACGGUCUCAGCUUCGCAAGUGUCAGUGACUGCUUACUGAUACUGUCGAGGUCAAAGACACCAUUUGCUUCGCUCAACAUGGCCGACGAGAACAAGACCGACCCUAUCGAGACAGCGGCUCCGGCGUCGGCUCCGGCUUCGGCUCCUGCUCCGCCCUACACGGCCCGCCACGCUGACGGUGCCAUCGCUCGCCCGGCCGGAUGGAUGCACAAGGGCAUCAAAGUUGGAAAGAAGGAGUUCUGGUAUGCGUCGCCUAAAGUGCAGCUCUUUUUGGUCUCCAUCGUGUGCUUUCUAUGUCCGGGCAUGUUCAACGCCCUCGGUGGCCUCGGCGGUGCUGGACAAUUAGAUCAUACCGCAGCUGACCACGCUAACACGGCGCUCUAUUCGACAUUUGCCGUUGUGGGCUUCUUUUCGGGUACUUUCGCCAAUCGACUCGGUGUUCGCGCCACGCUGUCCCUCGGCGGUCUAGGAUAUUGCAUCUACGCUGCCAGCUUCCUGAGCUUCAACCACACCAAAAAUUAUGGCUUCACAAUCUUCGCCGGGGCCUUUCUUGGUGUUUGCGCUGGUCUUUUGUGGACAGGUCAAGGCGCCAUCAUGAUGUCAUAUCCUCCUGAGCAGAGUAAGGGGCGCUACAUUAGUUGGUUCUGGCUGAUAUUCAACUUGGGGGCAGUUAUUGGCAGUUUGAUUCCUCUGGCCCAGAACAUCAACACCACCAGCGCCGCUACCGUGACGGAUGGCACCUAUGUCGGAUUCAUCGUGCUAAUGUUACUUGGCGCCAUCUUGGCCCUGUUUCUCUGCAACGCGGACAAGGUCCAGCGUGAAGACGGGUCCCGCGUCAUCCUGAUGAAGAGCCCGACCUGGCAGUCCGAGCUUCGGGGUCUCUACGAAACGCUCAUCCUCGAACCGUGGAUUGUGCUCCUUUUCCCCAUGUUCUUCGCCUCGAACAUCUUCUACACGUACCAACAGAACGUCGUCAACGGCAGCCUGUUCAACACGCGGACCAAGGCGCUCAACAACCUGCUCUACUGGCUCGCCCAGAUUUUCGGCGCCCUUAUUUUUGGGUACGCUCUGGAUUUCCAUAAUGCACGCCGGACAAUUCGAGCCAGAGGUGCCCUUGUCGUGCUCUUCGUACUCACCAUGGUCAUCUGGGGAGGUGGAUAUGCGUUCCAGAAGAAGCAGCCCUCGCGAAAUGCGGAAAAUGUACAAGUGUACGACUGGACAGACGGCGGGGAGCUGUUCAUUGGGCCCAUGUUCCUUUACAUAUUUUACGGAUUUUAUGAUGCCGCGUGGCAGACAACCAUCUAUUGGUUCAUGGGGGCUCUCUCCAAUUCGGGCCGCAAGACCGCCAACAUGGCCGGCUUUUACAAGGGCAUCCAAUCCGCUGGUGCUGCCAUUUUCUGGCGCCUCGACGGGCUGAAGGUCGAAUAUAAUGCUAUAUUUGGCGCAACUUGGGGAAUCCUGGCCGGCUCCCUCGUUAUUGCUGCCCCUGUCAUCUUCAUACGGAUCAAGGACACCGUCCCGCUCGAGGAGGAUCUCAAGUUCAGUGACGAGACCGUCGAGGAUGUUGCGCCGGUAGGUGUGCUGGACGAGAAGCAUGGUGAUGUCUGAGGGAUUCCACU